AAGAUGAAGUUUGGGAGAGCUAUAUAAUGCGAAGGGCAGCGAAGGAGCGCCGACGACAGGUCAGUUCAUCUGAGUGAUGCAUGUGUCUCCGCGCCGGUCUGCGCUUCGUGCAUCCCUCACUCCAGCAAAGGGGCCGAGAGUAAACAACCUUCACUGUCUGCAGAUACGUAUCGUGACAGGGGCUGGAUAUUCGUGAGGCACCACACAAAAAAGCACGUGCCGUAGGGUAUGCACGGACCUAAGACACUGAUGGCAGGCUCCUCUAGUACAUAUAUAUCUCAGCUUGAAAAGCCAGACAGAAUAAAGGCCUACACCCACCCGUCCACCCCAUCUCGGUCAUCCAUCAGUCAACAAGACCUACAUAUGUCGAUCUACAUAUUGGUCUACGUAGAGAAUCGAAAAAGGUAUCAACGGGGAAAAUUUCCCUCACCAUAUGAAAUACACCAUACACAGAUAGGGAGUGGGCAACUAAUCUCAUUGACAACACUUCGUGCCCAACAGAUGCUCGUACUUGAGCAGAAGAGCUUCCUUAAUUGCUUCCAGCUUCCCAUGGGUGCUCCAUGGAAAGAUCGCUCUGCACUCUUUCUUGUUGCGCUGGUGCUUCAUCACACAGCGCUUGUUGGCCGAAUCGAGCGUGCACCCUGUCUUCUUGAGAGGUGGCAGUUCGUGUUUGGCGAUCACAUCGAGUGCAGCUUCGACGGCCGUCAGCUGCCGCCCAUCCAGGCCCGUGAGCUGGGGCCCUGCCUCCUCGGUGUCAUGCAUGUCAACCGAUGGCGCACACUCGCCGCACUCACCAUCCUCCAGGUGCUGCCGUUUGCGCAGGAGAGCAGCAAGCAGCGCUUCCAUGCUGGUGGGGUAGUCGACCGUGCCUGAAGUGAACGGACUCCGUGUGGCUCAUCAACUGCACGCACGCAUAGAACAAUACUGCUGAUGGGUCAGAUCUCAACGAAUCUACGUGAUAUGUUUCUAUUCGUACCCAUGCCGACGGAGGCCUGUGGGAAACUCCAAUCCGAAAGUGAGGAGACACCUCACGUCGCUCUCGUAUGGCGGCCUCGACCUCCUCGAUGACACUGUUGAUGCACUUGACUUUCAGACUCUGAGUCUCCUGUUUCUUGAAUUCCUCCCACCCUGGCCCCCGUCAAUGCAUUUGGGACAGCCAUGGCCCUGCAGGUGCUGCUUCCUGCACUCCAGGGCGGCCAGCAGUGCCCCCCUCUCUCCGUCGUACAGUUGAUGUUUGCGGAAAUAACGCUGACACGUCGAAUGCCAUGCAAGCCAUCCUCCCGUCCGACCGUGGGUAGGGCGAUGCUGCCGACGUCGACCGACUUGUUGUUGGUCUCCUCGAUGGCCCUCUCGACGUCCUUGAUCUCUCGCUGCUGGUACUCCUCGUACCGUUGUUGCGCUGUCUGCGCUGCCUGGCGGAGGGCUGCUGCCACCUGGCCACGACGUGUGUGAGUGGCGGGGAGAGGGGCGGGGGAAGGAUCCUGGGGAGGGGGGAGGGGGUAUACUUGCCGCGGGGAGGGAUCUUACGCAGGUCGGGCUGGGGGUGGCCAUCAGGGACAGGGGAGAGAGGAACAGUGCGGGAAGUGUCUGACUUGACCUAAAACAGCACAAGACACUCGCGGCGAUUCGUAUGUGCGGGCUGAUUCGUACCUCGCCAUCGAUGCCUAUGUAGACUGGGUACACGGGCUUGUGUCGGUUGUAGUACCUCAGAUCCUCGAACUCCUCGGGCAACUCCGUCUUGUCAAAUGCAUCACGGCCAGCGCCAUCGCGAGGGACAAUGCACCAGCUCAUCACCUGCCACAACACAGACACGACAGUGGAUAGAUCCCUCAGACAUAUCAGGUUGUGCCACAGCUUCGUACCUGCGCGAUCGAUGGCGGUUCGCCCCCAUUGUACUUGCUGUACUGGUUGUCGACCAUCGUGAGGAAGCAGUGGGCGGUCAUCCUCAUCCCAGGAAGACGAUAGCGGUUCGAACAGGAGCAGAAGACGUCGUACAGCUGGAGGGCCUCUGCAGGAACAAAGAACAUCAGCCCAUGAGUGGAUGCAAGUGCGUGUGUUGCAUUGUGCAUUGAUAGAUUGCCAACCUUUCGGACUCUUGAAGCUCCACCUUUUCUUGACGACAUCGAAGAACUUCUUCCAGUUGUUGCGCUCGUGGUUCCUGGCCCUUCCGUCCGUCCACACUGAGUCCACUGCUGCAAAGGGAACAGAAACAGACAAGAUGAUGAGGGCCGAUGUGUCCUUCUGCCUUGUUAAGACUUACCUGCAGCGGUGUGAUGCUGUCGUCUCCCUGCAAUCCAGCAGCCUGGUCGCACUCGGCUGCCUCUGCAGUAUAGCCUUGCUGCCUGAGGUAGUCGCACACCGCCAUGACGCCCCCUGUGUUGGUAGUCUGCCGUAGCACGGACACGUCCUCGCGGAAAGCGAGGGUCUGCAUACAACACAUGCCAAGCAGCCACGUCCAAGCCGCCUGUUUCGUUUGUGAGGGGGUUUGCAGUUCACCUGCUUGAGCGUUUCGUAGAGUUUGUCGAACUCCUUCUUGAUGCAGGUGGGGUCGAUAGAGUGGAAAUCGUGCACCUUCUCAGAAACAACGACUACCUGAAUCGACACGCGGACAAGGAAGAGAUUGUCUGAUUAGUGCGGUAUCGCCAGGUGUUUCCUUUGUUUACGUGGCGCUUGUGAGCUGCUUUGUGUGGCUUCAAGAGCUCUUCAAAGAAGGAGGGAAAGUCCAUCGGUACCAUCUCUCGCAGCUCCGAGUCGCCCUUGAAGAGGCCGUAUUUCCAUGCCGCAGGAUCAGACUUGCCCUUGAUAGGACGGCUCUUCCACCAAUAUGGGUAGACCUGCGAUGGUGUAGAGCCCGGCUCCCCCUGUGGACUACAGAUGUUGCUCACGUCCCAUACGACGAUCAUGAGCUGUCCAGGUGGAAAACCCAGCGGCCUGGAGGGUGGGUAAUGUGUUUGUGCAAUGGUUUGACCUGAAAAACCAAAACGGUCAGCACAAUACCAUACCGAGACACGGGAUUGAAG